UAAAAAAAAAAAAAAAAAGCGAAAUUAUUCUUUGAAAAAAAACACUAAAAAAGGAAAAAAAAGCUUCGAGAAUGGUGCGUGGGUAAGAGCCACUGUCGAAACGCACAAAAACUCACACUUUCGCACACUUUCCUCCAUUUCUCCUCAAAGGGUUCAAUUCCAUUCCAAUUUCGAAGCUCCCAAUUAGGGUUCUUACUUUGUCAAAGGUUCCAGUUGGUUAAUUUUAAAGAUAAAUUGUGGUGGAAUAGAGUUGAGAGAAAGCUAUGAUACUAAACUUAAGCAUUAGCUAAUAAGAAUGCCGGGCAUUCCUUUAGUGGCUCGUGAAACCUCCUCCUCUUCAAGAAGCACAGAUCAGAUGUGCCGAGAAGAUUCCCGCGUGCAUUUAUCUGCAGAAGAGGAAAUUGCUGCUGAGGAGAGUCUAUCUAUUUAUUGCAAGCCUGUAGAACUCUAUAACAUUCUUCAAAGACGAGCUGUAAGAAAUCCAUCAUUUCUUCAAAGAUGUUUGCGUUACAAAAUUCAGGCAAAACACAAAAGGAGAAUACAAAUGACAGUGUCCAUAUCCGGGAUUGUGAAUGAAGAUGUACAAACUCAAAAUCAUUUUCCACUAUACAUCUUGUUGGCAAGGCUAGUUUCUGAUGUUACAGUUGCUGAGUAUUCUGCAGUUUAUCGUUUUCGUCGGGCAUGUAUCUUGUCGAGCUUCACUGGCAUUGAAGGCAGUAAUCAAUCUCAAGCAAAUUUUAUUCUCCCUGAGAUUAAUAAGCUAGCUAUGGAGGCCAAAUCUGGCUCGCUUGCCAUUUUACUUGUCAGCUUUCCAAAUGUUGGAGGGUGCUGCCUAUGGGGUAGGAUACCAUUGGAAUCACUAUAUUUGUCAUGGGAGAAAUCCCCAAACUUGAGUUUGGGACAAAGAGCGGGGAUGAUAUUACCUGUUGAAAUGCAUUCUUGCUUAUUGAAGUUGAAUUGUUUGAAUGAGGACAAAUGCAUCUUAAUCCAAAGUUCCAGCAAUUCUUUGUCAAUGAACAAACCAUUGCAGCUGCAGGUCAUCAUUUCUGCCGAGGAGGUUGGGGCGAAGGAAAAAUCUCCCUAUAAUUCAUACACAUGCAGUGGUGUUUCUUCUUCAUCUCUGUCUCAUAUUAUUCGGUUGAGGGCAGGGAAUGUCAUCUUUAAUUACAGAUAUUACAAUAAUAAGUUGCAGAGGACUGAAGUAACUGAAGACUUCUCUUGUCCUUUCUGCUUGGUAAAAUGUGCAAGUUUUAAGGGUUUGAGGCAUCACUUGCCAGCAUCCCAUGAUCUCUUCAACUUUGAAUUUUGGGUAACUGAAGAGUAUCAAGCUGUUAAUGUGUCAGUCAAAACUGAUAGUUGGAGAUCUGAGAUUGUUGCAGAUGGUAUUGAUCCUAAACAACAGACUUUUUUCUUUUGCUCUAAGCAAUUAAGGCGUAGACGACCAAAGAGCCUGGUUCAAAAUGCAAGACAUGUACAUCCAGUUUUCUUGGAGUCAAAUCUGCCAGCAGGAGGCUCUGAGCUUCUUGACAAGGCACAUGGUGGAAACAUUUUACGAAAUGCUAGAAUUGGUGCUUUGGAGUGUGCUCCACAUCUUCCGUCCAGUUCCAACGUUGCAGGGGUUUCAGGUGCUGCAGGACAAUCAUAUUCUGAUUCAGAACGUGUACAAUCAACGUCUGGAAACAAUCUUAUGCCCCCUGCCUUGUUGCAAUUUGCAAAGACAAGAAAAAUAUCAAUGGAACGUUCUGAUCCAAGGAACCGUACGCUCCUACAAAAGCGACAGUUUUUUCACUCACAUAGAGCACAGCCAAUGGUGAUAGAUCAAGUAUUGUCUGACAGAGACAGCGAGGAUGAGGUUGAUGAUGAUGUUGCAGAUUUUGAAGAUCGAAGGAUGCUUGAUGAUUUUGUUGAUGUAACCAAAGAUGAGAAGCAAAUAAUGCAUUUAUGGAACUCGUUUGUGAGGAAGCAAAGGAUGUUGGCAGAUGGUCAUAUUCCAUGGGCCUGUGAAGCAUUUUCAAAGUUACAUGGGCCUGACCUUGUCAAAACCCCAGCUCUCAUCUGGUGUUGGAGAUUAUUCAUGAUUAAGCUGUGGAAUCACGGUCUCCUCGAUGCUCGAACUAUGAAUAACUGUAAUAUAAUUCUGGAACAAUGCCAAAAGCGGGAUUCAGAUCCUAUAAAAAGCUAAAGGCAGGUAAUUUUUGCUUGCUUUUUGGCAAUAGGCAAUUGGUAAACAACCAUGAUGCAGAAAUGUUGCUCACCAGCCACCCUCCCAUUUUUAUAAUGGUCGGUGACCUUAAGGCCAACUAUGUUGCUGUAGUUUUGUACAAUCAACUGGAAUAAUUCACAUGUCUUGGUAUUCUUAAUUCCUUUACAGAAGCUUUUUUUUUUUUUUCUGCAAUCUCUUUGUUUGCUUUUGUCACUUGUUUUUCUUUUUCGUUUUUACUAAGCACUAUUCUGUCCUGGUUUUGAAUUUGAUGUUUCCCUUCUUUAAUCCUGUUUAUUUUGUAUCUUACAUGUUUAAAAUAAAAAUUAUAUUCAA